ACUAUUGACAAAACGCUGUCGACAAGGCCCAGAACCUGGAAUUGGGCUGCAGCACUUCCCUUUUGCGCCUCGUCGCUCCGCAUCAAAUCUCGCCGUGCCUCGACUUCUUUCUUCUACUCUCCUGACCCGAGAACCAUCUAUCACUCUAAACCAAACAGCUUCAUUCCGCCGCACCAUCUUACUGUUCAUCUUCGACCCGGCUUGAGGCCUGCAGCACAUUCAUCUGUACACCGCCGUUGUCGUUUCUGCCAAACUCCAGAAAGCGCCGGUUGCUAUUUGCUUGUCUCGUCUGGACGGCGAUCGCCUUUGUCUCGACCAAGCCGCCAUCCUUCCAUCACACACACCCUAGCCGCUUCCUGCUCUUGUUUAGAAGUUUGGAAGAAGAAGGAAUCAAACAAACACGCCACCGCAAACGAUCGCCGCGGGCCAUGGCCUCCUCAUAUCAAUACCGCAACUCCUACUACAACAACAACAACCACAGCAGCGACAACCACCGCCAGUCGUCGCAGGAAAAGUACGAGCCGUCGAUGCAGCGCAGGUCCACCAUUGAGCGACGAGAGAACCGCGGGACCCGGUCGAGCGAUGGCACUGUCAGCACCAUGAUGAGCUCGUCGACCGGUAGAGAGUCGUCGGCGACCCACAUGACCGAGGCUCCUGCCUACUCCAAGAAGAUUGUCGUCGUCGGCGACGGCGGCUGCGGAAAGACAUGCCUGUUGAUCAGCUACAGCCAAGGGUACUUUCCAGAGAAAUACGUCCCUACUGUUUUCGAGAACUACAUCACCUACCCGACACACAACCCCAGCGGUAAGACAGUUGAGCUUGCCCUGUGGGAUACGGCCGGCCAAGAGGAGUACGAUCGCCUGAGACCGCUCUCCUACCCCGAGACCGAUUUGAUUUUUGUCUGCUUCGCCAUCGACUGCCCCAACUCACUAGAGAAUGUUAUGGACAAGUGGUACCCCGAGGUCCUACACUUCUGCCCCUACACACCGCUCGUCCUGGUUGGGCUCAAAUCGGAUCUGCGCUUCCGCAAAACCUGCAUCGACAUGCUCAAGGCCCAGGGCCUCACGCCCGUGACCGCCGAGCAGGGGCAGGUCGUGGCACGCAAGAUGAACGCCCAGUACAUGGAAUGCAGCAGCAAGGAGAUGCGCGGAGUGGACGAGAUCUUUGAGCUCGCCAUCGAAACAGUCGUCUCCAGCGACCGCAAGGUUCUCGAGGCCCAGGCCGCAUCCGGCGGCGGCGGCGGCAGUGGUGUCACCUACUCGUCGGGUGGCAGCAAUUUGCCUGGGUUUGGUGUGCCCAAGAGGAAGAAGCGAAAGUGCAACUUCUUGUGAGGGGCUUGAAGUGAAACACCGGUGCUUUCUGCCUGCUGCCAACCUUGAUAAUCCUCCCAACGCCAAGUGGUGACGGGGGGUGCUUUUCGCGCCUCCGCUAGCUCUCCGUGCUUGUUUUCUUUUGCUAUAUCUUUUUCUUCUACCCGAUCCCCCUCUGCAUGCGCCACACAACACUCUACACCCACCCCCCCAAGCAACUGAAGAAACAUGGAGACGGUUCCGCGAAGGACGAGUUGGAUGAGGGUGCACCGCCCAGCAUGAGCCGUGCACCAGGAGGUGAGGGGGAGGGGCGGACGAGUAUGAGGGAGAAGACAACCUAAUGAACGACCUACUGCACGAUUCGGGACGACUUUUGUUUUCUAUUUGUCUCUGUUUGCCCCUGUUUGCUUCUCGUUUCUUUUUUUCUUCGCUUCGUUUGCCCGCAGGAAAGGGAUAUCUUGGAGAUUUAGGUACGGGUGGAAUCGUGGCAUACCACUCCCCUGCGCCCUUACUCUCGAACUACGUUGUUACCGCGAGCGCGACCGACGAUUCAUUGAAUGUUUUGUUCCUGUUGCCCUUUUUUUUUUCUUCCCCUUGGAGAUGCGAUGCGCCAUCUUGGACAGGCGGCGACUUUGUCCAUGGUCAGACGAGACGAGAUCUUGAUGAUAUUGGGAAACCGUUGCGAGGCGGUUCGAAAAACAAAAACGAAGACCAAGAGGAGGAUCAUGUUUUUUUGUUUUUUUUGGCCGAGGUGCGGCGUAUUGUGUCUGGCACUGCAUCGAAACGGAAUCAUUGCAAGGCGCAAACGGUCGUCGCAGAGGAUGUGGGAGGCCAAGUAUCGUCACGAGCCACCUCCAUCCUCCAUUCUCGUUUCUUUUCAUGCUUGACAGUUAUCAUUCUGGCUGCGAUGGGUUCGGCGACUCCUGUAUUCUCCCUCUCCCUCUCCCCUCCCAGCCCACCCCGUGUGUUUUUUUUUUCGUCUUACCCGUUUUGUUUUGAAAAAGGCCAUUUUGUCCUGCGACUGUAUGUCCCCUUUUUGUAUCAUUGCAAUCACUCUUGUUUCUUUCCGCCAGAUAUCUUUCUUUUGUAGAAUGGAUUUCCCAGCUCAUCAGGGAAUGGGAGGGUAGGACACAUAAACAAAGUCAUAUCAUUUUUUGAAAAAAUGUAC